GCUGGGGGCUUUCUCUGGGGCACAGGCAAGCAGGCACCACGACAGGAAUGCUGCUGCUGUUGCCACUCCUGGCCCUGGCUGAAGCCUGGUUGCAUCCAUUCCCCUCCCCGUGGAGGCUCCACUUGCAGCAGCAGCAGGAGGCUGUCCUGCCUACACCUGCGGGCAGCAGGCUGGCAGUGCUUGCUGCCUUUUCUCUCCUUCUGAUCCAUGGACAUGCACAAGUGCUGCUGCAACAGAGUCCACCAUCUGUUACCAAAAUGGGAUCCAAAAGUGUGACUAUUGAGUGCAAAGCCGAGGGCAUAGCUAACUUCCAGGCUGCCUACAUCCACUGGUACCGACAACUGCCUGACAAAGCUCCUGAACGGCUUCUCUAUGUGACAGCAGCAUCACAAGUUUCCUAUGAUUCCGAAUCCUAUAGGAACAAAUAUUCGUCUUAUAAAAGAGAGAAUAACAUCUGCACUCUCUCAGUUGACAGCAUACAGGAUGGAGAUGCAGGUACCUACUACUGUGCCUACUGGGAGUCUCACAGCGGGAGCAGCCUGCAGGCAGCCCUUACAGAAAGCUGGCUGCAACCUGAGCGGCACACUUUCAUACAAGUGCCGAGAAACACAGCUGCCUUCCUGCCCCCCAUCUCUCAGCCUUCAAGACACCCCCACAAGCUCAAGCAGAGGAAGGAAUUCCAAGACGAAAGCCGAGACACUGAUGUGGCAAUCAUGUUCAGAGCUCACU